ACUGCAACUCUAAAUAAGCAGCAAUACAACUUUCGUAACCAUCCAGUUCAAAUAAGCGCGAUUUCAACUCAUUUCCAUUUUAUUUCCGAAAUAUUUACCUCACUACUCAAGGGAAAUGGCCAAAUUCAUUCUUAUCGCUGCUUUGUGCAUUUUGAGCGCCGCUGUCACCAAAGCCGCUUUCAACAAAGAGGAGGCCAUCAAGACCUUUAUGACCAGAGCGGAGGAGUGCCGCGGCGAAGUGGGCGCCGCCGACUCUGACAUUCAGGACUUGAUCGCAAAGGUGCCAGCGGCCGGCAAGGAAGGCAAAUGCUUACGCUCCUGUCUGAUGAAAAAAUAUGGCGCGAUGGAUGGCAAUGGCAAGUUUGUCAAGUCGGUUGCCGACGAGCAUGCGCAAACCUACACUGACGGCGAUGCGGACAAAUUGAAGAUAGCUCGUGAAAUCAUCGACGCUUGCGCCGAUAUUGCAGUGCCAGCUGAUCAUUGCGAGGCAACUGAAGUUUACGGCAAAUGCUUCAUGGAGCAAGCGAAGGCGCACGGUAUUGAAAAAUUUGAAUUUUAAAUAAUCACCGUCAAGUAUUGAAGACACCACGGAAGCAAUUCUUUAUUCGAUCACCGACCUAUUUAUGUUUUAGUUGUUAAAAUACUUUUAGAUAUGUGUACAUGUGUGUAUUUUGUGCUUAUUUAAUUUAAUUUUCGUUUAUUAAAGCAAUUCAAUACUCUGUAAAAGAA